AUGGGGCGGCGCAGGCAGUUCAUUGACAAGCGCCGCGCGACGACCUACCAGCUGGUCUUCCGCAGCGAGGACACUUCGGCAAGCGCGGCGGGCGGCGAAGAAGAUGGCUGCGCCGGCGAACGCGUGCUGGUCCCCGUCGACGAACUCCCGGGGCCUAGCUCCACGAGGGAUUCCGAAUCCUCCCUGCCGCCGUUCCAAAUCCCAUUCCCCUUCGCCGCGGACGCCGCGUUCGACGGCCAGGACGGGGCGAUGUCCGAGGAGCGCCGGCGGGAGAUCGUGCGGCUGGGCCUGCCGGACGACGGCUACGACUACCUGCGGCACCUGAGGGUCCCGGGCGUUGGGCGCGGCGGCCUAGAGGCCAUCCCGGAGGAGCGCGACGCCGGGGGCGGGGAGGCCAGGAAGGGGAGGCUUGGAGGCGUGUUUGUUGCUGCCAACAACACACUUCCCUUAUCUGAAGAUCAGAAGGUUGUGGAUGCCAGGCAACUUCCGGCACUCAAGCAGACACGGGAGGUAAGCGGUGAGGAAGAAUUAUAUGAUCGCACAACAUCAGCGUUUUCCAGAGAGGUCAAGGGAAACAUCAAAGGGAGAGUUGCUCGGGAGGUUGCUGAGGUUGACAGUCUCAUGGCUGAGAUGGAGGCACUGGAAGUUCAGUCUAACUGUGAAGGUGCAGAUGGGUUGGAGGAUGAUUUUUUGCUGGAGGCAACAGUGGUGCCUGCCAAUGAUACAAUGGGUGCAUUCAUGCAUACAAGGGGCAGAGUAAUGGACCAUGCUAUUCCUGUCGAUGCUGACGAUGAGGAAUAUUCAGUUGAGGAAUGCAGCCCCCGUGCAGCUGGGAACAGAGAUCUUGAAACCCGCUCAGUGUUCUCAGAAAGGUGGCUGGGCCUUUCAGAAGCAGAUCUUGAAGGUCGAAGGGAGCGUAAUGAGAACUUGCGGCUACUGGAUGAGAGGUUUGAACAAAUGAUUUUGAAGUAUGAUGACGAUGAGCUGGGUUGCCUGGAGGAAAAGGGCAUUGCUGGUGAAAGAGAUAUGAGCGAGGUGGGUGAGGUUCUUAUUGAUAUUGCUGAGGAUGAGGGUUCGGGGGGCAUGGAGGCACUUGCGGCUGCACCAAAGGUGGCCAUGCUGGAAGACCGCGAUGAUGACGUCAUAGCAAUCACCAAGAAACUGCAGAGGAUCAACGAAUCUGUGGCUGGGAAUGGACAUGGUGCUCGAGCUGCAUGGGAGGAUGUGUUGGUGGGCUGCCAUGCACGGGAGAGGCUCGAUUGUGAGAGCGUGCUGUCAUACCGAUCCAGGGCAUCGUCUUUCCAACCAGCACGAAUCGAAGAGCCCAGACGUAAUAAACAGAAAGGAAAAGGCACGAUCGGGCCAGUUGUAUUGUCAGGAAAGACAGGUUUCCCAGUAGAAGAACCAGAACGCCACCAGCCUUCAAUAGACAGUGAUGCAUCAGCAUCCAAAGGAGGCACUGACAAAGCUCAUCAAAAUAGAAAGCGGGGCGAAACCACUGAAGAGAGGAAAGCCAGGAAAGCAGCAGUAAAAUGUGGCAACAAGGAGGCUCGUGUUGCAAAGAAGGAACUAAAAUCCUUGUACAGGAAGGAAGUCGUUCGGCAGCAGAAACAGACUUCAGCAAGCACUGGUGUAUCCGUGGUCCCCCUCUGA